AAAGUUGUGAGCCUACAAACUUUUAUCGAUCUGUCAAACAGCAUCGGUAGCUGAUAUUUGCGCAUCUUCUCAGUCUUCACCUUGCAGGCGCGGCGACCACAAGCUUCUUUAGUGGUACUCGCUAAGUUUGGGACAUCGCGUCCCCCCUUGUCAAACUCCGUCCAUAUAGAAUCACUUCACCUUUGUGAAACUUUACGUGCUUGUAAAUUCGUGACAGUGCGAUGUCAAGGAAUCGGCCUUCGAGUAGCCAGUCCCGCACGGCUUGGGUUGAUGAGGGAAUGGAAGGGUAUGCCCCAGACAUUCGGGAUGACCCCGACCUCCCCGAUCAGGUGUACAUGGACCAGGACCGCCGAGGAAACGUGCCCGCCGUGAGGACCAAGAACCAAAACCAGAAUACUGGAUGCAUGGGCACCUUCGUCCGUGGUCUUAGAUCACUAUGGGCAACCCGACACUUUCUUAGCACGGAGGAGACCAAGUCCAACAGGGAGCUGUAUGUGAAGACAACCCUGAGAGAGCUGAUCAUCUACAUCGUGUUCCUUGUGAUCAUCUGUGUCAUUACUUUUGGCAUGACAAGCACCACCAUGUACUACUACACCAAGGUGAUGAGCGAUCUGUUCCUGGACACCCCUAGCAAGUAUGGUGGAACCUUCCGAGGAAUCACCAGUGUUGAUGACUUCUGGAAGUUCGCCAAGGGCCCCCUGCUCCGUGGACUCUACUGGGAAACCUGGUACAACAAGGAUCCGUGCCGAGAAGAACAGCUGGGUUAUAUAUACUACGAAAAUAAGCUACUAGGCAUGCCCCGACUCCGACACCUGAAGGUCCACAGCAACUCCUGCAUCGUCCACGAUGACUUCACUGACGUUAUCAAGGAAUGCUACGACUCCUACUCCACCAGCAUUGAGGACACCAACCCCUUUGGCAACUAUGAUCCCAACAGUGAAAUUGCCAACCUCACUGCGUGGAAGUAUAAAACGGAAUCGGAACUAAAAGGUUCGUCCCAUUGGGGUCUGCUGACCACAUACUCCGGAGCAGGGUAUGUUCAGGAUCUCCGGGCCAGCAUGAACGACUCGGCGCAAAUAAUAGAGGACUUGUUUAAUUCGUUAUGGAUAACACGUGGGACAAGAGCAUUGUUUAUAGACUUUACGGUCUACAAUGCGAACAUCAAUCUCUUCUGUGUUGUCAGACUUCUGGUUGAGUUCCCUGCCACUGGAGGCGCUAUCCCAUCCUGGACUUUCCGGACUGUGAAACUGAUCCGUUACGUGACUGUGGGUGACUACUUCAUCAUGGCCUGCGAGUGUAUCUUCUGUCUCUUCAUCCUGUACUACAUCGUGGAAGAAGUCCUGGAGAUCAAGAAACACAAACUGACCUACUUCAAGAGCGUCUGGAACAUCCUUGACAUCUUGGUGAUCCUGAUUUCCCUCAUCUGUGUGGCGUUUGACAUAUACCGGACAGUGGCGGUCGGGGACAAGUUGACGUCGCUGCUGCAGAACGACAAAGUGUACGCGGACUUUGAGAGGCUGAGCUACUGGGAAACUCGCUUCAGCAAUGCCAUAGCUAUAGCAGUCUUCUUGGCUUGGAUCAAGAUCUUCAAGUACAUCAGCUUCAACAAGACCAUGACCCAGCUGUCUUCUACCCUGGGGCGCUGUGCUAAGGACCUGGCUGGCUUCGCUGUCAUGUUCUUCAUCAUCUUCCUGGCCUUCACACAGCUGGGUUAUCUGCUCUUUGGAACCCAGGUCAAGGACUUCAGCAGUUUCCAGGACUCCUUCUUCACUCUGUUCCGUAUCAUCCUGGGCGACUUCGACUUCCACCAGCUGGAGGCUGCCAACCGAGUGCUGGGACCCAUCUUCUUCAUGCUGUUUGUGUUCUUCGUCUUCUUCGUGCUCAUCAACAUGUUCUUGGCUAUCAUCAACGACACCUACUCGGAGGUUAAGGGUGACAUGGCCAACCAGAAGAAUGAGUUCGAGAUGACUGACUUCUUCAAGAAGGGGGCACAGAAGAUGAUGGACAAACUGAACUGGAAGAGAGAUAAGAUCGUGGACAUCCAGAAAGCUCUGCAGUCGGCCGACAUCAAUGACGACAAGCGACUUGACUUCGAUGAAUGGAGACAGGACCUGAAGACACGUGGUUAUGCUGAUGGUGAAAUCGAGGCUAUGUUUGCCAAAUACGACAUUGACGGUGACCGUGUGCUUGAUGAAGAUGAACAACGUCGCAUGCAUCAAGACCUCACAGAUCAAAAGAAUGCUCUCAACAAAGAAUAUGAUGAACUGGAAGAAAGGUCCAUCGCCGGCACUGCACGCCGCUCCAGCAGCAGAAACAGCUUCAAUGAAGACAGUGGAGAAGACAGCGACGAUGAGGACAGUGGAACAAAAUCCUCCCGAACAGGAAGAACAUCAAGCGGGGUUUCAUAUGAAGAGUUUACAGUCCUGUCUCGGAGGGUGGACAGAAUGGAGCACUCUAUUGGGAGCAUUGUAUCAAAGAUUGAUGCUGUCCUGGUUAAACUAGAGGCCAUGGAGAAAGCCAAGUUAAAGAGGAGGGAAACAAUGGGGAAAAUUUUAGAUAGCAUCACAGAGUCUGAUGGGACAAGUGAUGAAAUGAAAAGAGAGCAGAUGGAACGUUUAGUCCGUGAGGAGCUUGAGAGAUGGGACUCUGAGACCUCUAUGGGGGCUGGGAGCGCACGAGGGGCGUCGCCCAGCGGAACUAGCGGUAGCAGCGGCAGAGGAGGAAUGAGAGCUCGUUCUCGUCCCGGGUCAGGACAGAAUAAUGAUGCUGAAGACAUCGCCACCUCAUCCGUCUAACUUGGCGGACUGACACGAUAUUUACAUCCUCUCGUCACCAUUCCGACGCACUUGCAGCAGAUGAUACAUCUCUUUGUCCCCACCUAUUUGUGUUGUUUGUCUUUGUGUCAGCUGUAGAACCUUCUCUUAACCUGUGUUAUUUUCUGAAUUUAGUUGUGGCAAAUAUUUCCAACAGGGUAACUUUCAAAUAUUUGAGACCAGAAUUUGUCCAGUUUUGUCCACAAAAUAAAACUGCUAACUGCUGGAGUGUAUCAAGAUUUUGUAAUCAAAGAGUAUUAACUUGUUUGAGCUGUGAUGUUCUGUUGAAAUCCGUCCAUUUAAAAAAUCCCAUAGCAGCAACGUGCCAUAUUUAUUGAUAUUUAGCUCACUAUGUUAAUUUAUCACUUUGUUUUUAAUAUGCGUUUUUUGUGUAUUAUAAUGCUGCAUUUUUGUAUGGGACCAAAUUAACAAUUCAACAUCAUUUACAAGUGGUAUUUUAUAUCAAAAAUACAUAUUCCUCCAUUUUCAACCAGGGAUGAGUUAUUAUAUGGGGAAAAAAUAAAGUAUUAUAUAAUGAAAAAUGUAUAUUCUUGAAUCAAUGAUAGUGCUGGAUGCAUAACAUUUGCAUGAAUUUACAUGUAAUUAUACUGAAAAUUGGCUUUUUGCUUGAAGUUCUUAAUCAUGUGCAAUAGGAUUAAGGUGAUUAUAUUCUGCUGUACAUUUCUCAUGCCAAUCUUGCUGUUGGUUAACACCUGCUUUGAUUGAGGUUAUUAUUCCUAGUCAUUUCUAAAAGUUGAAAUGUUGUUAAGAGUUUCUGAAAUAUUUCUUGGUAACAAAUGUUUACGUUCACAAUGCUGUUAAUGUUUAUGUUUAUAUUGAAAUAGUGCAGAAAAUAAUGUGUUCCGUCCAAACAUUUAUGAAAGCAUAUUUCUUAAUAAUCAUGACAGUGAAAACUGGUUUCAUCAUAAUAAUGUUAUAGUAGAUGACUAUAAAUUAUAUAUAUUGACAUUGUUUUGCCAAACAUGACAGUAUAAUGUGUGAAUCUCAAAUUAAGUUGAUGAGGGCUAUUGAACUCAGUUGUCAUAGAACAUCCCAUAUGGCCAUUGUCUCCAUUCAAAACAUCUGUAUUUGAUUCAAAACAUUUGUAUUUGACAUGGAAAAUGAAAAACAGAACAUCAGAAAAUACAUUCUGUUAAAGCUUGACGGGGUUGAAGCCCGACCCAGUGACAUCUACUGUAUGUGAUGCAAUAUGGUGAUAGUGUUCAAACUCCCAUUUAUAAAAUGUCCCACCACUUAGGUUUUAUUUAUGUAUAUUUUGUUCUUUCUAGAAUCAUAUUUCAUGUUUAUGUUAAUGCAGGUGUUUUCAAAUUUUCUAUUAAAAUCUACUGCUGUUUUUGGGUGACAACAAGCUUCGACCAUGUUUAGGUCGUUGUGCUGUAGUUGGAAAUGUUUACAAUCACUCCGUCCAAGUAAGCUACAGUUCAGUCUUUACACAACUCAAUUGUUAGGAGACACGAUGGUCUGAGAACCACAAGCUUUGUUGGAAAUGCCUGACAUCGGUAUGUUGAGAAGGCUUGACGAGGUGUGAAAAGACUGAAUGCUUCUCUGUUAAUUCUGCUGAAACUCAGUAUUGUAUUGUGAUACAAGAUGUAUUUAUUUGUUGAGAAUAAAGAGUGUCAUCAAUA